AUGACGUAUGUAACGAAUGCUAGGAGUCCGCCGCGAGUGCGAUUAAAAGUGCCACACGUCACACGACUAGUGUUUUUACUACUUCUGUGCCACUUAGUAGCGGGUAAUCGGCCGCCAAGGUUCCUUAUAGAUGGGCGGUCCGAAAUCGUCAUAAGACUGAAGGAAGGUCCUGAUACACCAAUAGGAAGCCUCAUCUAUAGACUAAGAGGAAUAGAUCCAGAUGGAGACGUUUUAGAGUUUGGCAUUCGCAGCCAAAUCGGUAGUGAUAUUUUAAAAAUAGAAGCCAUUUCAUCCAACGAAGCAAACAUAUAUUUAGUUAAGGAAUUAGAUAGAGAGGUGCGUGACGAAUAUUCGUUCGUGCUUACCCUAACCGACGGUCAUUUGGGUGAGGGUAACUUUAUAACACAAAGUUUUUUACUGCUAGUAGAAGAUGUGAAUGACAACGAACCUAUAUUUAAACCCUAUCCCUCGGCAAUUAGUGUCAAGGAAAAUGAACCUCCUAGUAUUUUAGCUAGUGUUGAGGCUACUGAUCUUGAUGAAGGAGCCUAUGGACAGGUUCUAUAUCAUCUUCAAGAGCUUGAUGGGGACGUAAAUAACUUUUCAAUACAAACUGUAAACGGAAAAGGGGUGAUACGUGUUGUAAACAAGUUGGACUACGAAAAGAAAUCUUUGUAUCAACUUCGUGUACUCGCUGUUGAUAGAGCUAAUCAGGGAAGAGUUAAUACUGGGACUGCAGCUAUUUUGGUGAAGGUACAGGAUGUCGAAGAUCAGCCGCCUGAGUUUGUUGUGGCCACACCAGUUACCCGGAUCAGCGAAGAUGCGCCAAUCGGAACGUCUGUCUUGCAAGUUAGAGCUGUCGAUGGUGAUCGUGGAAUCAACAAUAGAAUCUCAUACAGCAUUAUAUCUGGUGGAGAGGAACAUUUUGAGAUUGAUAGCAGUUCAGGUGUUGUAUACACUGUCAGCCUAUUGGAUAGAGAGGACCCUAAUAAUAGCAAUGGUGCUUAUAUUUUGGAAAUAUUGGCAACUGAAGAAGCCCACGUAAUAUCACCACUUCCAAGUGCUACAACUGAAGUGACAAUCAUUGUAACUGAUGUAAAUGAUGAAACACCAAGGUUUCGGAGUGAGAGGUACAUUGGAGAAGUUAUUGAAAAUGCACAACAAAAUACUCCUAUAACGUUCCUUGAUGAUGCAAUACCUGAGGUGUUUGAUUAUGAUCAGGGCAAAAAUGGGACUUUUGAGUUAUAUAUAGUUGGCGAUAAUGGCAUUUUUGAUGUUACACCCUUCAAAGGAAUUAAUGAAGCAUCAUUUUUGAUAAGGGUGAACAAUCCUCUGUACCUUGACUAUGAAAAGGUGGCUUUGAUGAAUUUUAGCCUUGUUGCAAAGGAAAUAGUUACUAAAGAUGCUAAAAUGAGUGUUGUUCCCAUAACUGUUUACAUCAAGGAUGAAAAUGACAACUAUCCAGAAUUUACUCAAGCCGUAUAUAAGGUGUCUAUCCCAGAGAAUUGUGACAUUGGCAGCACUGUAGCUCGAGUCCAGGCUUUAGAUCAAGAUUCUGGGAACUAUGGUACAAUGGGAAUCAGAUAUACUGGUCUCUCUGGAAGUAUUGCACACCUAUUACAUUUAAACUCAGUGUCUGGAUUAAUAACUGUGAAACAAAGUGGAGGAGACAGUUUUGACAGGGAACUUAUAGCACAGCAUUAUAUCACUGUCGAGGCUAGAGAUGACUUGGGCAAAGGAAACAGAAACACAGCACAGCUGAUUAUAAACAUAGAAGAUGUAAACGAUAAUGCUCCAAUGUUUCUGGCUAAUAAGUAUGAAGCCAGAUUGCUUGAAAAUGAAGUUGAGUUUGAAAAUCCAUUGGUUUUGGAAGCGAGAGACCUCGAUCUUAAUGGUACAAAGAAUAGUCAUAUAGAGUAUGCGAUCGUUGGCGGAGACCACAAGAACAACUUCUCCAUAGAUCCCAACCUAGGAAUCAUAACGCCCGUAGCUGGCCUUGAUUUUGAACAAAUUCCAGGAGACAACACUAACAUACGACCGAUACAUUUGACUGUGCGUGCUCGUGAUUUUGGUACACCGCCUCUCUCUUCGACCGUACCCGUUACCAUCUACGUACAAGACGUGAAUGACUACGCGCCCGCCUUCACCCAAAUGCUCUACAAGAGAGCGAUUCCUGAGGAUAUGCCCGGUGGAACUAGUGUUAUUGAGGUGAAAGCACGUGACAACGACGGUUCGUCCCCAAACAACCGCGUGGUGUAUAGAAUCCAACGAGGCGCCAGCGAUAAGUUCGUUAUCGAUUCACAUUCUGGAGUCAUCUCUGUCUCCAACGGUUCUAGCCUGGAUCCAGACAGAACCGAUCCGAAAGUGACGAGAUACACUCUUACCGUGGUGGCGUUGGAUGGUGGUAUCGGAGACCAUCAAUUGAGUGCAGCAGUACUAGUUAACAUCACAAUAGUGGACGUGAACAAUAAACCGCCUGUGUUCGUCGAACCUGGGACUAUUCAGGUUAUGGAAAAUAUGCAGGUUGGCGCUAUUAUAUACCGUGCCAUAGCCAACGAUCCAGACGACCAACCAGUGCUAAGAUAUUCCAUAGAUAAAGCGAACAGUCACGCACGAAAUGAAGAUGGCGUUCAAGUUCUGCCCACAGAUUAUGAUUUCCUGGCUCUAUGGGACUUGAACACUGUUGAUGGAUCGUUACGGAUAGUUCGUAUAUUAGACAGAGAAAAAGUAGAAGUAAUAAAACUGGUCGUAACCGUCGAAGACAUGGCGGCCAUACAAAGUGGACCAAGACAAGUCGCUUCAGCAACCUUAACUAUUAUUGUUCUCGAUCAGAAUGAUAAUAACCCGAAAUUCAGGAAACCCUUCUAUAAGACAUCGGUUCCAGAAAAUUCUAAGAACGGCGCACAUAUUGACACUCUAUUAGCGGAUGAUCCAGACAAAAAUCGCUCAAUUACUUAUAUGCUGGAAGGUACAAACGCAUCGUUAGGCCUCGUUCACAUAGAUAAGUACUCCGGCGAAGUUGUGGUCUCAAAUAAAAUAGACCAUGAAAUGUAUCCGUGGAUCAAUCUUACCGUGAAGGCGAUGGACAGCGGGGAGCCGCCGCGACAUGCUGUAGUAGAUCUUUUUAUUCAGGUGUUGGAUGAAAAUGACAACAACCCAGUAUUUGAAGUGCAGCCUUUCGAGUAUCGUGUGAGAGAAGACGUUGAACCUGGGACCGUGAUCACCAAUAUUGUGGCAACCGAUGCAGACUCCAAUGAGUACGGGAAGAUCACUUACCUGCUUGACCGAACGUCUACACAGGGUAAAUUCCUCAUAAACGCUGAAACAGGCGCGCUAACUGUGUCAGAGUGGUUGGACAGAGAAACCCAGGCCACAUACAACCUCGUUGUCGAAGCGUGGGACAAUUACCAAUUUGGUUAUCUCAGUGGUGAAAGUAGGAACGCUUUUAAACAGCUUGUUGUUAUCGUUGAAGAUGUGAAUGACAACGCCCCAGUUUUACAUUUACCAGAAGACUGUACCACCAUCAGUGAGUUUCACAAGCAUCGUGAGCCUAUAGUGUCAAUAUCAGCGACUGAUGCUGACGACAAUAAUCUGCCGAAUGGCAGGGUACAGUUUCACUUAGUGGCUGGCAAGGGACAUGACUUAUUUCGUUUCGAGCAAGUUGGCGGUGAUGCGAACACUGGAAGAUUAUACGCUAAACAGUCGCUAAAAGACCGAUUUGGAAAUUACACGUUAACCGUGGAAGCGAGGGAUUUGGGGACUCCGCCUAAUUCAGUCCGGGGGGAAUUAAAGCUUUGUGUCACUGAUUACAAUGACCACGCCCCGAUAUUCGUUCAUCCGCCGCAGAAUGUCACCAUUAAAGUACCAGAGAAUGCCACAAUAGGAACCACAGUGGUAGUAGUGAAGGCGAUAGAUGCGGAUAUAGGACCCAACGGUGCUGUCAGAUAUCGUAUGAGGCGGGACUCUGCUUUCUCUGUCCACCCUAGCACGGGGGCAUUGAGAACUGUACAACCGCUAGACAGGGACAAACAGACAGUUUAUCAGCUAAGAAUAGAAGCCUACGACUUAGGCCUACCCACACCGCUGAGUUCUGAACUCGACCUGACAGUAUACGUUCAAAAUGUAGACAACUAUCGCCCCAGGUUCCCAUAUAAACACGCUGUCAUCAAUAUAACUGAGAAUGUUGCCAACUACACCAUUAAUUUACCAAGUGUGGUAGAAAGAGACGAGAUAGAUCGCGGGGAUGAACCAGUGUUACCAGUGUGUUAUUAUAUUGUAGAGGGAAAUGGAGAUGCGAUGUUUCAGUUGGAUAGAAGUACACAUAGAUUAACAUCAAAACUAUUAGACCGAGAGCAGAAAUCGAACUAUACUAUCACUGUGCUGGCUUCAGAGGACUGUUUGAACACUCCCAAGUACGACUCCAAGAGUGACACAAGCAACACACUAAUAGUCCAUAUUAAUGUGAACGAUGUUAAUGACAACAGUCCUAAAUUCAUUAGCAAGAUUUUCACCGGUGGUAUAACUACGGAAGCAGACUUUGGUAUCGAAUUUAUGCACGUCAAGGCAAUAGAUUUGGACGACGGUGAGAACGCGAAAGUAAAUUACUACCUCCUUGGAAACGUGAAGGAAACGCUCACCGAAGGUCUUGAGAACUUAUCAGUUUCACCUUUCCUUGUAAAUGUCGAGACGGGGGCUGUCUCGCUUAACUUCGACCCGCAGAAGGGCAUGAAGGGAUACUUUGAUUUUAAGAUAUUAGCAAACGACACAGACGGCCUGUCAGAUGAAGCCCACGUGUUCAUUUACCUGCUCCGCGAAGAUCAGCGUGUACGGUUUGUUUUGCGGGCGCACCCGUCGGAGAUACGCGACAAGAUUGACGUGUUCAGAGAAAACCUAGCCCGCGUGACACAAUCCGUGGUCAAUAUAGAUGAUCUGCGGGUCCACGAGAACAAAGAUGGCUCGGUGGAUAACACCAAGACGGAUUUGUAUCUGCACCUCGUGAAUGGCGAAGAUCAUUCUGUGCUGGAGGUGGAGCAAGUGUUGCGGCUCGUUGAUAAGAACAUUGAACAGCUGGAUGAGUUGUUUAAGGAGUUCAACGUCCUCGACACCCAGCCGGCUGAUUUCCAACCGCUAACAGCAGCAUCGUUGAGCGGCAACCAGACAGUGUACUGGCUGGUGUGGACUUCCGUCCUCCUCGCUGCGUUACUCGUUCUGGCUAUCAUGACCUGCCUGUCACAGCGAGCUGAUUACGCGAGGAAACUUAAAGCUGCCACCGCAACUGCGUACUCAUCCCCUACACCAGGAGAAUCUGAUAUGACACUCCGUUCGCACGGCCGCGUACCCAACACCAACAAGCACAGUUCCAAAGGCUCCAACCCAAUCUGGCUUCACGCGUAUGAAAACGAUUGGUACAAAGCAGAUGACCAGAUGAGCCAUUCAGAAAGAGAUUCGCUCGACGAAAACGCAGUGAACGCUGAAGUUCCUAGUAGCAAACCGUUCUUUAUAACGAAUAACGCGUUCCCCUCAAUACAGUCUCAGGAGACGGAGACCGAGAGUAACCAGGGCAAUUAUGAUUUCUAUCAGCAAUUGGAGCAAAUGAAAAACACCAAGAAUAUGGAAACUACUGAACUGUAG